UCUCCCCUCUCUUGUCCUCUUCUCUCCUCUUCUCUUAAUUCCACAUCAUCAUGGCCCGCAACCGCCUUCAGCAGUCGGUAUGUCGUCCUCUUCCUUCAGCUCCACCACAGGGCGCACCUGACCACUCGGCUCCCGGCGGCAACCCAUACUCCGGUAACCCGUACGGCGCCGCCGAAUCCCAGCCUCUUGCCCAGAACCCCUACUCGCAGGGCGGUGGCGGAGCGUACCCGAGCUACCCUCCAAACCAGCAGGGAGGUUACGCGCAGGGCGGCGCCGGCGCUGGUGGUGGUGGUGGUGGUGGUGGUGGCUACAACUCGUACGGCCAGCAGGACCAGUACUCAACUGGCGGUACCAACGGUGCAGGCGGCGGUGACUUUUGGAGCCAGCUCAACCACACCAAUGCUCUCCUCGGUGACCUCCAGCAGUCGAUCCAGGCCGUCCGCACUGCGCACUCUCAGACUCUGAACUCGACCGACCAGCGUGCCGUCCAGAAUGCCGACAAGGUUUCAGCCGAUGCCCGUGCCCUGCGCCAGCAGUGCAAGGAUGCCGUCAAGAACCUGUUCAAGCUCGCAAAGGGAGACAAGACGCUGCGGCCUCAGGCUGAGGCGGCGUCGAAGCGCUUCACUGGCCUCCUAAAUGAGCACCAGGUCAUCGAGAAGGAGUACCGCCAGAGGAGUAAGGAGAAGGCAGAGCGCCAGUACCGCAUUGUCAAGCCCGACGCGACUCCCGAAGAGGUUCAGCAGGUCAUUAACAGCGACGACCCCCAGGUGUUUGCGACUGCGCUCCUCAACUCGGGCCGCUACUCGGAGGCUAGAGGCGCGUACAAGGAGGUCCAGGACCGUCACACCGAGAUUCUCAAGAUUGAGAAGACCAUGACUGAGCUGGCCCAGAUGUUCAAUGAGAUGGCCAUGCUCGUCGAGCAGCAGGACGAGGCUAUCACCAACGUCGAGCAGCAGACACAGCAGGUUCACCACGACAUUGACCAGGGCAACGUGCAGCUCGACCAGGCAGUCAUCAAGGCCAAGAAGGCACGCCGGAAAAAGUGGAUCUGCUUCUGGAUCUGCGUUAUCAUCUGUAUCGCCAUCGCUCUCGCUGUCGGUAUUCCCCUCGGUAUCCAGGCCGCCAACAACAACAAGUAGAUAGUCGCGCAUCAGACUGUGUCGGACCCCCUUUCCCCUGUCCCAGACGUCGCACGACAGCAGGACGUAUACCCGCAUACCCUACUCCCAUUCAAUCUCGCAUUAAUGUGCGCUGGCCGCUUGGGCAAGCGCGCCCCUUACGUAGUAGACUCAUGCAAUUUAUGGUGUCAGG